AAACGACAAUUGGCCCCCUGUGAAAUGCGGUUGUCAAAGUUGCUGUAGCGCUUAAGAGAAUACGAAAACGAGCAAGCCAUCAGCAAUUCAUAGUCUCAGCACAGACAUGGCAUCGGCGGCGCCGUCCUCCUCCACCGCAGGCGGGGUGCGAAACCCUAGAGGUCACCCCAAAUCUCUCGGUUUGGUCGCAAACGCGUUAAAAAGAAAACAUAGCUUCGUACAGUUCUUCGCGAUGACGGGGAUACUACUGCUGAGCUGCCGAUCUCUGGGCCAGAAGUAUCGCAUUCACGACCUCGUCGAGGACACCGCUGCACUGAAAGAAGAGCAGGAUAGCCUCACUUCUCGCAUGAAUCGCAUCAAGCAAGGUCUCCUAGACGAAGCCGCUCUCGAGCCGACUGGAGCUUUCGCCGCUAGGCUCCGCCUUCUCUUCGGAGACGAAAGCAAUUGAGUGGAUAUUGGAUGUUCUAUUUUCAAAUAGAGAACACUGAUGCAGACAGAAAAAUGCAGUGUGAAAGCAGCUGAAAAUAUGGUGCUCUGUUUCUCUAUCACUACUCAUCAUCAGUAGCGAGAAAGCUCUGGAAGUGUAAUCCAAAUUCAACGCUUUUGGUGAAAGUUUCUGCCUCAAAAGGAUCUUUAAUCAAUGCUUCUUAAAGGUAAUCGUAGUAUAAAUCUAGAUGCUUCCACAUCAAGAAUUCCUAGCCCGUGUUUACAAAAUGAUGAUGACCUAGUUCAAAUUUUCGAUUAGGUCCUGCUGGUUGGAACAAUUACAUUAUGCAAGAUAUGAUUAGAUGGGAUAUGAUAACGCAUGAUAAGUAAUUCCAUGACAUGUUAACCGAUGUUUGAUUGAACAUAUUGACCAGCGCAAUAUCUCAUUUGUCUAAUGUUUUGGUUCAAAUGUAUCGCAAUCUCACUUGCAUAUACUAGUGAGACUGAAAUCCACCCUCGGUCAUUAGCCUGUAUGGAAAAUUGAGUUCAUUGACAGGCAAUGGUAAAUUGUAUUUGAAGGGCCUCGAUGUGAGUCGCAAUGCCCAGUGAUUGCCAUUUAUUUGGGUCCUACUAAUAAUCAAUCCCAAAACAUGCGCUAGUCUAUUCUUGUUGGCUUUAAUAACAACUUCCGUGUUGAACUGUCUCCAAAUACUAUUCGGAUUGCCAGCUCCAUCGAAGCUGAAAAUUGAAAACGCACCGUGGACAUGAUUGCGGGAGUUUAGGCGGGAAUUAAUGUGCCUGAAUCUGAAGAAUUAACCUUUACAGUAGCUUCUUUUUGUAAAAUGUGUAAGAAUUACAAUUAAACAGAAGAGGAGGAGAAGAAGUUAAAAUGUAGAGGUGGGGCUGACAAAGUCGUACUGUUUAUUAAACGUAUUUAAAAGUAGGAAGAGCAAUGAGAUUGAGGGAGGGCACAUGCAUUGGAAUGAUGUUGGAAAAUAGAAUAGAAUUGGGUGGUGGAGAGGAGAAGACAAACACUUUAACAUAUCCAUAUCCAUCCAAUUUCAUUGCCUAAUCUACACGUUUUCCCCAUUUCAAGUGUUGUUAUUACAUGCCCCACUCCACUACUGCUCCAACCCAAAUCUAUUUACUAUUCUCAAUGUCGUCUGCUUUGGGGCCAUUUUUCGAUGUUCAUCGUAAGGAUCUUCCUCGGCGCUUCUUACUAUUGACGUAAAACUUGUUUGUGUGUGUGUUAAAUUAUAUUUUUUGUGAAGUCAAAAAAAAUUGGAUCAAUGGUUGUCUCUACCCUUGAUUUGAAUUCAUGAUGAAUAAAUCCUUUAUCAUAUAAUUUAGGUUAGGGAUACACUGGAUAUGACUCGAUUGUAGCCCUCCGACUUUUAAUUCAAAAGCUCAAUUUGUGAAUAAAAUAUAUAACAUACCUAGCAACAGAGGGCUGGAAUAUUUAUAGGUUCGGUUCAUAUGAACUAAUCACAUCGAAAUGACGUGAACAAUCGUAUAUCGUCAAUUUAUAGUACAUUGAAUGCGAGCAAAAAGAAAAA